AUGAGGAAGAAGGUCAUGUGGAGUAAAAUUGCGCAGUGUUUGAGAGACCAAGGCUACAACUUUACCCCAGAUCAAGUAGCAGGACGGUGGAAAACCAUUACAAGAGCUUACAAGAACACUAAAGAUCACAACAACAAAAGUGGAAACUCAAGAAAAACAUAUGAAUAUGACACUGAACUUGAUGAAUUAAUGGGUGAUUGUCCAACUGUGAAUCCUCCACAUCUGCAAAGUUCCAGGAAAUCAGCUAGUCAAACAAUUGAAUCUGAAGAAUGCAGUGAUACUGAUGUGGAAAGUCAGUCGCCACGAGAAAAAAAACCAAGAAAAUCCAAUUCUUCAGAAAUUUUGGAAUUUCUUCGACUACAUGCUGCACAGCAAAAGGAACGCCAAAAAGAGGAAGGCGCACGAAAAGAGAAAAUGCAUGCUGACAAGCUUUCCCUGCUUUCAAAUCUAGUGUCUGCUAUAAACAAAUCCAAACCUGACAAUUAA